AUGUGCUUCACGACGCACAUAAAAGAAGUGUCCGAGAAAGCCGACAAGCUAGGGACGGCUCUGAGCCAAAUAAUGCCAAAUGUUGAAGUACCGAAUGCCUGCAAAAGAAGGCUAAUUUGCUCGGCUGUGGAAUCCAUAAAGUUAUAUGCAGCCCCCGUAUGGCAUCUUGCAUUAAAGAGGGAAAGCUAUAAACAGGCAAUGCUUCGAGUACACAGGAAAGCCGCCAUCAGAAUUAGUAGCGCCUAUAGGACCAUAUUCAACUCAGCAGUGAUGGUAAUAGCAGGGACGAUACCCAUUGAUAUAAAAGCACGAGAAAGAGUCGUCGUAUUUAAGAAAGAAGUAAUAAAAACAGACGCUAGAACGGAUAGUUUAGAGGAAUGGCAGUCAAGACGGCGCAUUGACAAUACGGGAGCUUGGACAAGGAGAUUAGUCCCAGAGUGGGCAUGGAUGCUUUGGGGUGUACCUGAAGCCCAUAGGAAAACAAGACAACGAAAGCUGUUGGUAUUGCCAAGAAAGGGAUACACCGGAACACACGCUGUUCAUAUGCCAGAGAUGGGUUGA